AACGCCGAUCCGCUCGAUCAGUCGAAAUCGAUUUUCGGUUCUCUUAUACAUGGAUCAUCGGUGCAUUUCACUGAGGAACACAAACGCGAACGUAUUUGAAAUUUUUUAGUUUUUCAUAUCUUAGUACAGUUUUCAGUAAAAUUAUUUAAGUUUUAACAAUGACUACUUGGACGCAAUUAGCCGUGGAGCAUGUCAGCGCAAUAUCCAAGGAAGAAUUUAGCACGACACAUCGAGGAAAACCGACGACGAUAGAAAAAUUGCCGGACAAAGUUCUUCUGAAUGUCUUUUGCUACCUUUCGCACCGCGAGAUUUGCCGAGUUGCUCGCGUUUGCAAACGCUGGCGACAAAUCGCGUACGAUACGCGUCUCUGGAAGCACGUGUCCCUCAGACCCGAAGUGAGUGGGCUCCAUGUGAGCUCCCUCGAAAAUCUGUUACAUUUAGUCAGCGUACGCUUUGGACCUUCAUUGAGAUACAUCGAAUUACCGAUCGAACUGAUCACUCAUACUGUUCUUCACGAAUUAGCUAAUAAAUGUCCAAAUCUAACACACAUGUUACUUGACUUUUCGACUGCGAUGCAACUGCACGACUUCUCUGAAAUGCAAGCGUUUCCUACGAAAUUGAAAUACAUGUGUAUUUGUUUAUCGGAGGUGAUCUUCAUGGAAGGCUUUAUGAGGAAAAUUUAUAAUUUCAUCAAUGGUCUAGAAAUCCUUCAUUUAAUCGGGACAUAUGAGAAAGUCGAAGAAGAAGAAGAAGAAAUUUACGAAGUGAUCAACGUACACAAGUUAAAAUCGGCGACACCAAAUUUGAGGGUCAUCAAUUUAUAUGGAAUUAACUUUGUGGAUGAUUCGCAUAUCGACGCUUUCUCCUCUAAUUGUAUACAAUUAGAAUGUUUAGCCGUGAAUUAUUGUUCAAAAGUGACUGGUUCGACCAUGAAAACUCUCUUUCAGAGGAGUAGAAGACUGACGUGUCUUCUCAUGCAAGGAACAAAUCUGCAGAGCGAAUAUGUGAUGCAAGUUGAAUGGGAAAAAUCGAGCAUUCAAGAGCUCGACAUUACUGCUACCGAUUUAUCAACGGAAUGCCUGAUUGACAUGCUGAGUAGAAUCCCUGGACUGCGCUUUCUGAGUGCCGGUCAACUAAACAAUUUCAACGAUAACGUACUGAAGGCCUGGACCGAGCUCGGAAAUACUCGGAACUUGAUAGCACUGGACUUAGAUAGAUCCGAUAAUUUGAGUGACGACGCCCUGCACAAGUUUCUAUCGAGGCACGGUCAUCAGUUGUACGGCCUCGCGUUGUCAGGCAUGCCGCACAUUACCGAUCAACUUUGGCAAAGCGUAUUACCAAUUCUCACAAAUGCAAAAAUACUCGUGAUGGGCACUCAAGAGAGAUUAGGCGUCAACAUUCACGUUGAUCAAUUAAUGGACGGAAUCGCUAAUAGUUGCCCCCAUUUAGAGCGCCUGGAGUUGCGAUGGGAUCCGGAAAAUUUACGAUUUUCGGACAAAAGUCAGAAAGCUAUCGAUAUCCUACGUGUGAAGUGCAUCAAGAUGAAAUGUUUAAGUCUGAGCGACGGAAGAUACUACGAAAUCGUCAAAGCGAAUUUCGAGCGAGCCGAUCGACUUACAGUUGUGAGAACCAUCACGUGUUGCAGAGUAUCGAAUUAUUAUCUUUUGCAAAACUAUAAGGAUCUAAUUUUUAAUUAAGGCAUAUUGACCAUAGGUUUUCAGAUUAUUUUAUGGGUGUUACCGCUACUUUGCUGAUACGAAAAAGUAUUUAAAAAUAAAGCAACAAAACAAUAUAUUUGUACAAAAUACGAUAUUUUCUUU